CCUUAAUGUUGGCGGGCGGCCACGUGUGAAGCGGUCAACCCGAUCGCUGCGCGCGCGCGCUCGCUGCGUAUUACUCCGCCGGUAUCGGCAACCGGAACUCUUUUCAAUCGAGGUUUUUUUUCCCCCUUCCGUUCGCCGUCCUGCGUCGCUCUCGGCGUGAGGUCUGAGGCGACCCGCGAUUAAAACCAUUUAAAACAUUGUCGACUCGUGAACAAUAAGCAAACGACGGCCGGGGGCAGUGGCGCGACCACUUGGUGAGGUGAGGCGGUCGGUGAAUGUUUUAUGGUGAAGGCUUACAACAGCUUUGCUCUGAAAUUACAGAACCCUCUCUAACUCUGGACAUAAGAUGGCUGUACAACCUGACUUCAUGGAGCUCGACAUGGCAAUGGAGCCUGACCGCAAAGUGCAGGUGACCCAAUGGCAGCAGCAGUCCUACCUGGACUCUGGCAUCCAGUCUGGCGUCAACACCACAGCGCCAUCGCUCAGCGGCAAGGGAAACCCUGAUGAGGGGGAUGAAACGCGCAUCACCUAUGAGUGGGAGCAGAGCUUCAACCACGGUUUCACUCCCGACAAUGUGGCAGACGUGGAGAGCCAGUUUGCGUCGUCGCGCGCCCAGCGCAUCCGAGCGGCAAUGUUCCCGGAGACGCUGGAGGAGGGCGUCCAGGUGCCGUCGACUCAGUUCGACACGGAGCAGCCGACCAACGUGCAGCGCCUGGCCGAGCCAUCGCAGAUGCUGAAGCAGGCCGUGGUGAACCUCAUCAACUACCAGGACGACGCCGAGGUGGCCACGCGCGCCAUACCCGAGCUCACUAAGCUGCUCAACGAUGACGACCCGGUUGUGAUGGGACACGCUGCGAUGAUGGUGCACCAGCUGUCAAAGAAGGAAGCUGCCCGCCACGCCAUCAUGGGGUCGACGCAGAUGGUGUCGGCUCUCGUGCGCGCAGCCCAGAACACCAACGACAUGGAGACCGCCCGCUACGCUGCUGGUGCCCUGCACAACCUCUCGCACCACCGCCAGGGUCUACUCGCCAUCUUCAAGUCCGGUGGCAUCCCCGCCCUUGUCAAGCUGCUCAGCUGUCCGGUGGAGUCGGUGCUGUUUUACGCCAUCACCACGCUGCACAACCUGCUGCUGCACCAGGAGGGCAGCAAGAUGGCCGUGCGUCUGGCGGGCGGGCUACAGAAGAUGGUGGCCCUGCUGAACAAGGGCAACGUGAAGUUUCUUGCCAUCACCACCGACUGCCUGCAGCUGCUGGCCUAUGGCAACCAGGAGAGCAAGCUGAUCAUCCUUGCCAGUGGGGGCCCCACUGGGCUGGUGCACAUCAUGAGGACCUACAGCUAUGAGAAGCUGCUGUGGACCACCAGCCGGGUGCUGAAAGUGCUGUCCGUGUGCUCCAGUAACAAGCCUGCCAUUGUGGAGGCUGGUGGGAUGCAGGCUCUGGGAAUCCAUCUGACCAGUCCGAGCCAGAGGCUGAUGCAGAACUGCCUGUGGACUCUCCGUAACCUUUCUGACGCCGCCACUAAGCAGGAGAACAUGGAAGGUCUGCUGCAAUCACUCGUGCAGCUGCUGGGCUCUAACGAUGUGAACGUGGUGACAUGUGGAGCUGGCAUUCUCUCCAACCUCACAUGCAACAACUACCGCAACAAGAUGGUCGUCUGCCAGGUGGGUGGUAUCGAAGCACUGGUACAGACUGUACUGCAGGCGGGUGACCGUGAGGACAUUACUGAACCAGCUGUGUGCGCUCUGCGCCACCUCACAAGCCGCCACCCUGAUGCGGAGUUGGCCCAGAAUGCCGUGCGCCUCCACUAUGGCCUGCCCAUCACUGUCAAGCUUCUGCAGCCACCCUCGCGCUGGCCUCUUAUCAAGGCUGUGGUUGGGCUGAUCCGUAACUUGGCACUGCUGCCCGCCAACCACUCCCCGCUUCGAGACCACGGAGCAAUCCCGCGGCUUGUGCAGCUGCUCGUGCGCGCCCACCAGGACACCCAGCGCCAGGGAGUGGCUGCCAAUGGACAGCCGCAGUAUGUGGAUGGCAUUCGCAUGGAGGAGAUAGUCGAGGGCUGCACCGGUGCGCUGCACAUCUUGGCUCGUGACGCGCACAACCGAAGUGUUAUCCGCGGCCUGAACACCGUACCGCUAUUCGUCCAGCUGCUCUACUCCAACAUCGAGAACAUCCAGCGUGUGGCAGCCGGCGUCCUGUGCGAGCUGGCGCAGGAGAAGGAAGCAGCCGAGACGAUUGAGACCGAGGGAGCAACGGCACCGCUUACGGAGCUCCUACACUCGCGCAACGAGGGAGUCGCCACAUACGCUGCCGCGGUGCUGUUCCGGAUGUCGGAGGACAAACCGCAAGACUUCAAGAAGAGGUUGUCGGUGGAACUCACCCACUCACUUUUCCGUGAUGACCCAAACGCGUGGGGUGAGGGUGGCGUAAUGGGCACUGACCUUCUGCACCAGGGUGACCCGCAGUACCACCAGGACGGCAUGUACGGCAGCCACAGCAGCCUGCAUAGCGGGCCCAGCCCUAUGCAGCAUGGAGGUGGCUACAUGGGGGAGCCUAUGGGUCUGGACCCCAUGAUGGACCACGAUCUGGCAGGGCCUCAUGGCAAUGGGCCUGAGUUCCAUGACAUGCUGCCCGAGCUAGCCCACCCUGGCGGGCCUGACGUGGACAUCGGCCUGGCACCACAUCCCACUGAGAACGGCCACGUCGCCUGGUUCGACUCGGACCUCUAACCACCGCAGCACAGGCAAACUCUGAUCCGUUCAUCCUGUUGACUUGGAAGGAUCCAUUGAGAUGACCUGAAAGUGCCUCAUCUUCCCCACCCAAACUUUCCAAAAAACAAAACAAAUUUGAUCAAUUUUAUUCACUACAGUUAACAGUUACAGUAGGUUAUUUUUUACGUGCUAUUUUUUGAACGGCUAUUUUAAGUAGAAGUUUUUUUUGUAAGAACUGUACUAGAUUUUGCAUCGUACCAAAUCUUGUUUCCUCAUUGCCUCGUGGUAGUGUGCUCACAAGCUUUUUAAUCCUUAAACACAUUUUGUUAUACUGUAGUAACCUUUUUUAAUAUUUGGUAUUAUUGAAUUCAUGACUGGCAUGGUACUCACCUAUUGUGCGUCACCUGGAGUGUUUUUAGUGUCUACGUGUAGAUGUUGUGCAAUGACCUGGCUUGGUUAAGUGAGACCCAUGAUAAUUGGUUACUUGGCAGCAGAUUAUUGGCACUGAAAAGAGCAGAAUAGUCCGGAUUGAUUUGUUCACAGCUUGUAGCAGAAAAGGAGGGUGUUCCAAAGUAAACAUUCCACACCUGUGCAGUAACAGAAAAAUACCGUAAGUGGGACUGCAUGUGUGGUGUUAAAUAAAAUAAGCCAUUUCCUUCAUGAAUAGGCUGUUCCAAAACUGCCACUUCAUGACUCAUUCCUAUGGAUAGUCCUCAAAUGUCUUGGGCUGUGAGUUAAAGUUGAUGGUUCUUCAAAUUAACAUUUGACUGGCAUACAUUCUGUACAUGAAUCGCCAUGACAGGAAGGGGCGUUUCACUGAAGCUGAUUUUACAAAUCUGGAGAUGUUAACUUAUUCAAAAUCUGGCACAUCUUGGCGCAAAGUAAAAUUAAGCUUUUUUUUAAGAUAUAAGGUAUUUUCAAUGAUUGUUUUUACAAUUUAUCGAUUGCAUCAAAUUAUGGAUCUUCAUAUAACCUUGACCAAUCAUUCCUACAUGGAGUGCAAUGACAAGUCAUGGCUGAUACCGAUAUUCUUGUUCUGGUUACUUUAGUGAAUAAUAUGCCGCAGUGUUUACUCCACUUUGUGCAUAUCACUACAGUGCUUUGGUUUGCAUACAAGAGGGAGAAUAUCAACUGCUGUGACAGAAUAACUUGUUUCGAGAUUUUUGCCAUAUCAUGAGUGGCCGUCUCGAUAUGGUAAUUGGGUGUGCAGUGUAAUUUCAGGUAGUGUUAUUCAUUGAAAUGUGUGUACGAUUAACAUCUGGACAUCAUUUUUAGUGGGCUUAAAAAAAACGGUUAACUCACUCUCCAUGAUACUGUUAAAUUGUUUACAUUUGAUUGAGUCAAAAUAAUGCUUUCAGAAUUGACUUUCAACUUGCAUAUUCCAUUUUAAUAAGCUUGUGCUGUUUGAAGGGGCUCUGAUGAACUGAUCAUCUCCAUUCCUAAAUUUAAUUAAAAAAUACCUUGGCACUCUUCGUUGUAGUGCAUACACAGCUUUAAUGGCGGUAAUAUUGCACGGACGUAAGCCAACGCCACACUAAUCGUAUAGGUGCAUGACGUUUCCUGGGUAGGAGUCCAGUUGUGUUUUAAUGCCUAUACGAUGAACAUGUCCAGGGUGUGGGCUUCGGAAGUGUUUUUUUGAAAAUUUUAAUUGGAUUCUAAUGAAAAACAACCUCAAAUUUUAAACUAGAUGAAAGGGCAGAAAUGAAACAUGCAUACGUGUUUUUAAUUGGUGGAAAAAGACCGGCAGAAAUUUGGAUUUAUCAAAGUUCACUGUCAUGCUGGUAUCAAAACGUUUGCGGUUUGGUAUUUUGAGAAGGAUUUAUAAUGUGCCGAGGCUUGCUUUAGUAACAUGUAGCAGGAGAUCCGUUGCAAGUUCUUGUAUGUUGUACAUUGCCUUCUGCAUGGCUUUUGAGUUUGUUUCAACCAAUAAAGGAUUCUGUCUCUA